UUCUUCCUCAUCAAGGAAUAAAACAUUUUCUCUAAUACCAAGAUAACGCGGCAUGAGAUAAGAUCUAUCUGUAUAUCACUUAUUGCUGCCACAUCCCACAUGCAAAUGGAUUUGUCAAAAUCGUUGACUUUGACUUCGCAGCUCUCAAGUCGUCUCUCUCCCUCUAUUGAUAGCUACCAAUAGCUUCUCUCAAUCACACCGCACAAAAUAACAAUGAAUUCACUCUCCUCCUUCACUCUCUUCAUCUUUUCCGUCAUUUUCUUUCUACAAUGUUUAAGUUCAACCGGAGCUACCACGUGUCAUCCUGAUGACGAGGCGGGUCUUUUAGCUUUCAAAUCGGGUAUAACUCAAGAUCCUUCUGGCAUGCUCAGCUCUUGGAAAAAGGGUACUUCUUGCUGCUCGUGGAAAGGUAUCACUUGCCUCAACAGUGACCGCGUCACAAUGCUUGAACUAGUAGGAUUUCCCAAAAAACCCGAACGGUCCCUCUCCGGCACUCUCUCGCCGUCGCUAGCCAAACUCCAACACCUAAGCGUGAUUAGCUUAGGAGAUCAUGUGAACAUCACUGGAUCUUUUCCUAAGUUCCUUCUCCAAUUACCAAAGCUAAGGUACGUUGACAUCCAGAAUAACCGUCUCUCCGGUCCACUUCCGGCCAACAUCGGUGUGCUAAGCAUGUUAGAAGAAUUUUUUCUUCAAGGAAAUAAGUUCACUGGUCCGAUCCCGAAUUCGAUAUCGAAUCUGACUCGAUUAUCUUAUCUCAUUUUCGGCGGUAAUCUCCUAACCGGGACUAUACCCUUAGGGAUUGCUAACCUCAAGCUCAUGCAGAAUCUGCAACUCGGAGACAACCGCCUCUCUGGAACCAUCCCAGAUAUAUUCGAAUCCAUGACGUUGCUCAAAUUUCUUGAUCUCUCUAGGAACAGAUUCUCUGGGAGACUUCCUCCCUCCAUUGCGCUUGAAAAGUUGGAUCUCUCCAAGAACCGGUUCUCGGGUGUUGUGCCGAAAGGUUUCGUCAAUUUGACCAAUAUUAACAAUCUUGAUCUCUCCCACAAUCUUCUAACUGGUCAAUUUCCUGACUUGACUGUUAACACCAUCGAGUAUCUUGAUCUCUCUUACAACCUAUUUCACCUAGAAACGAUUCCACAAUGGGUGACCUCGUUGCCGAGCGUCUUCUUGUUGAAGUUAGCAAAAUGCGGGAUCAAGAUGAGCUUAGAUGAUUGGAAGCCAGAGGCACCCUUCUACUACCAUUACAUCGAUCUGUCGAAAAACGAGAUCUCAGGGAGUCUAGAAAGACUCCUAAACCAAACGAGUUAUUUGUUGGAGUUUCGGGUAUCAGGGAACAAACUUCGAUUCGAUAUGGGGAACCUGACGUUUCCGAGGACGCUAAAAACCUUGGAUCUGUCAAGGAACUUGGUAUUUGGGAAGGUGCCUGCGGCGGUGACCAGUUUGCAGAGACUGAACUUAAGUCAAAACCAUCUUUGUGGAGUACUUCCGGUGACAAAGUUCCCGGCUAGCGCGUUUGCCGGUAAUGACUGUCUCUGUGGUUCUCCACUUUCUCCUUGUAAAGCUUAGUGGCAAGAGAACUACAAUUUUGUAUUUGGAUUUACUUUUUGACAUGUAGUUCCGAAUAAAUUUGUAUUAAUAACAAAUAAAGUUGUUUAAGAUAU